UGCCGGCGGCGCAUGCGGGAGGCGGGGGAUGGCCGGACAUGGCGCUGGCGGCUCCGGCGCUGCGGCGCUAUUUGCUGCUGCUGGCGCAGGAGCACCUCGAGUUCCGCCUGCCGGAAAUAACAUCAUUGCUCUCCCUUUGUGGUGGACAAUUCAGUGGUGAGCAGGAAAUACGUGUAAAUUCUCCAUUUUGGAUUCUCAAUAUUCCUUCAGAAGAGAUGGCAAGGGGACUAAUGAAGCGGACAGUAUGUGCAAAGUCUAUAUUUGAACUGUGGGGCCAUGGAAGAUCUGCAGGGGAGCUCUAUGCAUCUUUGAAGAACUAUCCAACAGAGAAGAUGCUUCCAUAUCUACAGUCAGACUCUACUUACAAAGUACAUAUUCAUACAUUUAAUAAAACACUGACCCAAGCACAGAAAAUAAAAAAGAUUGAUGCCCUUGAAUUUCUGCCAUUCAAAGGAAAAGUAAAUUUAAAGAAUCCGGAACACAUCUUUUGGAUUUUGGAAGAUUAUGGAAUGAACCCAAAUGAUGUUCCAGAAGAGCCCAUUCACCUGUAUUUUGGUAGAUGGAUUGCAGAUGGCCAAAGAGAACUCAUUGAAUCCUACAGUGUAAAGAAGAGACAUUUUAUUGGAAAUACGAGCAUGGAUGCCUGCCUGUCUUUCAUCAUGGCAAACCACGGGAGAGUAAAACCCAAUGACAUUGUAUAUGAUCCUUUUGUUGGAACAGGUGGCCUUCUAAUCUCCUCAGCACAUUUUGGGGCAUAUGUGUGUGGUACUGAUAUAGAUUACAACACAAUCCAUGGAUUAGGCAAGGCAAGCAGAAAGAACCAGAAAUGGAGAGGGCCAGAUGAAAAUAUCAGAGCUAAUCUCCGACAGUAUGGUUUAGAGAAAUACUACCUCGAUGCACUCGUUGCUGAUUCUUCAAGACCAAUAUGGAGAAAAGGGAUGUUGUUUGAUGCAAUCAUUACAGACCCACCAUAUGGUAUCAGGGAAGCUCCUCGCAGAAUGGGGUCACAAAAGGAAACAGUCAAGUCUGUUGAAAGAAGCACAGAAAAUCACUUCUUCGUUUCAUCCAGUUACCACCUAAGUGAUAUCUUUUUUGACCUCUUGAAGUUUGGGGCAGAGUAUCUGGUGAUGGGAGGAAGACUGGUUUACUGGCUGCCCAUAUACAGGCCUGAAUACACAGAAGAGAUCAUUCCCCGCCAUCCGUGCCUGAAACUUAUUAGCAACUGUGAGCAGAUGCUUUCCAGCCACACAUCAAGGCGCCUCAUAACCAUGGAAAAGGUGAAAGAAUUCAAGGAUCAAGAUGAGAACUCUUACUUGUUGGAUGGUCAGUAUAUGCCGUACAGGGGACACAAUUCUUUCCGUGAGAAGUAUUUCAGUGGUGUGACAAAGAGGAUUGCCAAGGAAGAAAAGGACAAUCAGAAGUAAAAUAUUAUAUAAACAGAUUAAAAAAUGAGAAAAGAAUGAAGACCAUUUCUUUGUAAGGACAUCUGGAUAUGAGCAUUCAUUUGGAUGCUUCAGAAAAAUAAAUACUGCUUUUAAUUUUAAAACAAGAUGAAACCCACAACCCAGGUUGGGAGCAGUUCUUUUUAGUUAGCUUUGUUUAUAGCAGAUUUUAUUGUACAAGUUUUUUGAGUCUUAUUUAAUUUAUAUUUGUACUUUCAAGUACUAAUGAUGAUUGACUAAAACCAUUAUUAUUGUUCUUUCACCAUUAACGUUUACAAGAAAGUAGUAGUAUUAUUUGGCUUCUUAAACUGUGAACAUCUGGCUGUUUUAAAAACACGUGGUGGUGAUCAAGGAUUGCUGAUUAAGAUCAUUUUAAUUUGUUUUGGUUUUUUUUGUAAAUGAUGUACAAUAAACCAAGGUUGGCGUGA